CAAAUCCAGCCAACAUGAUAUCAACCUCAUCCACACCCCCGGUCGAACUUGGACCCAACCCCUAUCCUAUUUCAUUGCUUGUGAAAAGCUUGAUUUGGUUUCCAGAACUCCCCAGCAUCACGAGCACUCCUCCCCCGCUGUUCCUCCCCGAUAUAUGACCCUUGUCAAUUGCUGUCCGCAAGCCUGACCGCAAUAUGCGGUCUGUAAUAGGUCAAAUUCCGAAGUCAAUUCCCCCUCAAUUGCUAUGGAGAAGCCGCUACGAGUUAUGUUUCCCUGCUCUACCGGUCUCGUUUGCUGUGGUGCAAGCGCCAAUGCGGCUGUGCCGGCCCAAUGUGCCGGCCAAGUAUGACACAAGGGCUACAAGUAUUGUCGCAGAUGCGGGAGGAAGACGGUGGUUCAGCAGUAUAAAUGUUUGUCGCUCACAGAAGUCGAGGCAAGAACUGGAACGUCUCGAGAUCAAGGACGCGAGGUCACGGGAAGACGAGGAAAGUGUUUGUUCGGGCAAGACCCAGAAAGGUAAUGAUAAACUUGGAGAUGCAAUGACCCAAGGUAAACUUUUGACUACGCCGUCAAGAUUGUUCAAGCUACUUCUUCCGUUGACAACCAAACAUCACCGUGAUCACAAAGAUAUCGAACCCAUCGCUUUUCUCAUCCAUCCUCAACAGCCUCUAUCGCACCUUGAGCGCCUCAUUCAAGCCGAAAUCCCCCCUAUCAAGACCAAAGAUGGACAAACUCGAGCCCCCUGCGUCUCUUUCAUCGCGCUUCAGCUUGAGGACAACCCCAUUCGGCCAAGGAAAGCGCUCUAUGAAGGUACUGAGGCUGAAGUACGCAAGUUAGAGGAGCUCGGGCAAAUAGAGGGAAACUCGGCCGCAGAGAAACGCUCCGAAGACGACACGUACACGUAUCUGCGGCAAAGCGAACCGGGCAAAAAGCCAUUGGAGCACCGCUUCGUGCGAUGGUCACAAUCCACCGAGAUCGGGGACUUUAUCCGCGACGCCGCACGAGCGCGUGAAUUCAUCGUGUCGGUGGAAGGAGCCCCGGUAGGGCAGCAUCAGAUUCACGUGGCGGUCCCCUCAUUCAACGAACGCACACAUUUCCUGCGCAUGCGUCUGCGGAAGAUAUCCGAAAGGAUCAAGACCAUUGCGGACAUCAAGCAUGAAUGCGACGCGCUGGCACACCGUGGAGCGCAGCGCGUGGCCAUGGGCGGGUUUGGUGUCUUGGCCUCCUGGUGGUGUCUGGUGUACAAAUUGACAUUUGAAACCGAUCUUGGCUGGGAUACGAUGGAGCCCGUCACGUAUCUGGUCAGUCUGUCGACGCUGAUGGGUGGUUAUUUGUGGUUCCUCUAUCAUAACCGCGAGAUUUCCUACCGGUCUGCGCUCGACUUUACUAUCAACGCACGCCAGAAGAAGCUCUACGAAAGAAAAGGGGUGGAUCUGCGGUUGUGGGAAUCGCUGACUGACGAGGGCAAUUCGCUCCGUAAGGAGAUCAAGUCAAUUGCCGCCGAGUACGACGAGGAGUGGGAUGAGAUGAAAGACGAGCAUGACGAGCGCGUGACGGAAGCAUUGAAACAGGAGCGCGCUCAGAAGAACGGAUCUCGAAAAAGUGAUGGUGAUACUGACGACUAGUGGCCUGGGUUUUGGAAAAUAUCUAUUCUACUUAGGCUAUCGCAUGAUUCGUAUCUCAAGCCUCCCUCCCGUCUCGUCGAUGACCCCGACUUGCGCCAAAAAUCCACAUCAACCUUAGCCACAGUCACCCGUUCCGCACUGGAUCAUAAUAUUCCUUCUUGCCCGCGACACCGCUGUUUGUCUGUGUCUGGGGUUGCAUUGGUCUCUGUGGCGACCUUGAGCGGCCUAGAUGAUCUGUUAAUAAUCAUUUUUUGUACAGAAUAAAUGUAUAUAUUUGACACCGCACAUAGACAUGUCUAGUCUGGCAAUUGCAAAUAUUUCCUAACCAGACAUUUCUUCAUCUAUGACCACUCUUUC